AUGGUGGCAUACUGGCGACAAGCUGGACUCAGCUACAUCCGAUACUCCCAGAUCUGUACAAAAGCAGUGAGGGAUGCAUUGAAUACAGGAUUCAAAGCAAAUGCCGAAAAGACUUCUGGCAGCAGCAUAAAAAUUGUGAAAGUGUAAAAGGAAUAAUUUACCCUGACUACAGCUUGAAAUGCUGCAUGUUCAAGGUGAAGAUGUGUGGGCACAUGUUAUGG